UUCAAGAAGAUUCUUAUUUUAGAUUUUAUGUUAAGGGCGCUAGUGAAAUGUUACUUCAAAAAUCACAAUGUAUAAUUGAUACUAAAACUCUUGCAAUUGCAUAUCGUGACUUAGAACAAUGGCCCCCUGAUGAAAUAGAUUUAGAUCCUGAUGGUGAGGUAAAAUUUAAAGAUUUAAUGGAGGAUAUUACAUUAUUGUGUAUUGUUACUGGUGAUGAUAUUUGGAUAGCAAAAUCUAUUGCAGAACAAUGUGGUAUUUAUACAGCAGAAGUUCUUGCAAAAUCUAGUCCUGAAGACAAAAAAAUAUUGGCUGGAAUAUUAAAGGACGAAUUCGAUGAUAUUGUCGCUGUAACUGGUGAUGGUUCUAAUGAUGGUCCUGCAUUAAGGACUGCUGAU